CGAUACUUUCAGAGUUUCACCGGCUGGCUACUUGCGGCCGACUCGUUGCCACGCGUGCAUCGAUCUUACCGAAUGUCGAAUGCCGAUAUCAACAACGCCUUAUCUGUCUCUUAUUUGUCACGCAUUUCGUAUCCAUAGGCUGUGAGAUAGCCGAGAAUCUUGGACUGUUCAUCGUCGAUCGUAGUUAUCGUUGUUGUUCGCGUGACAAUCGUUCUUAGAAUAACAAUCUCGUCGAACCUAUCCAGAAGUGUUGUUUUCAGUUAUUAUACCAGAAUCAGAAUUGUGGAAACUGAGUCAUCGAAAUCGAACUAUAUAGUGCAUCCGCCACGAUAUUCCCACAAUUAUUCGCUACACGUGCUUCGAUUCUACAAGAUUCCUACGUUAUUGGCGACGUACGAGGAAAGUUAUCGUACAUGUAAGUUGUUCGAUAAGUAUAGAGGAAAGACGGCGGCCAUUAUAUCGUGGAUUAAGAACGUAGGCGGUCAGUUUGAACUUUAAUUGCUCAGCUUGUUAAUAAUCGGUGUAAAAACUGGUGACGAUAUUGUUCGGAGCAUGAAGUCCCACGAGGUUUGGGAGCGAAGCUUCGCCUUCAUCGAAAAGGAAUUGCUGCCGGAAAUGGUGCAAGAUCGUUGCUUCUGCGAGCCGAAUUCCAGGGAAUUCGUUGAGUUCGACUCGGCAACGAUUCGUCUCGACGAGCUGAGUCGAAGCAGCGAGAUUUAUCGCGUGACGAUCGUGGUCAGGUUCUCCGGCGAGCCACGCAGCUUCCCGCUGUUACUGAAACUGCUUCCCGAGGAAGAGGCAGAGCACAAGAGUCCGACAGCGUUCGAUGCUUACCAAAACGAAGAAAUGUUCUACUCGAAGAUGACGCUCAAGUAUGGAACCGAUUUGGUUCCAAAGUGUUACCUGUCGGAUUUAGGUCGUUACGGAAGACCGGUGAUCGUUCUCGAGGAUUUGGAGGAAGCUGGUUACACGCAGGUGGACGGUGAAUUGGACGAGGAACACUUGAAAUUGUGCGUGCAAGUUCUGGCCAAGUUUCACGCCAGAGGGUUGAGAUUGAAAGCGACAGAACCGCAGGUCUUCAGGGAAUUCGAGGCGAAAUUGCUUGAAAUUUCUCUCACGGAAGAGACUAUGUUGCAUUACGAGAAGAGAUCGACUAGAAUGCUGGAUAUUCUCGAGACGAUGCCGAACUCUGGGUUCGUAGAGAGGAUAAAACAUAGAUUAAACAAGAGACCAAUGGAAAUAGUGAAAGCCAUCGCGACGGGGGUGAACGACGUCUCUACAAUAUGCCACGGCCAUUUUUCACACGAUAAUCUACUGUUCAAAUACCAGAACGGGAAACCGAUCGACGCGAAGAUGAUCGACUGGCAAACAAUGAGAUAUUGUUCGCCGGCUGUCGAUCUCGGGCCCAUUCUACUGUAUAACGUGACACAUGAAAAUGGGCCGUCGGAGGUGCAGAAAAUUUUGACGCUGUACAUCGACACCGUCAGAUCUGAAUAUCCAGAGGUAGACAGUGAACGUUUGAGAGAAGAUGUGGUCGACAAGUUCCUCUUUGCUUGCGUCGUACUGUCAAUUUUAGACCACAUUACCGACGACGAACUUACUCGAGUUUUGUUAUUGCUAGAACAGUUGGACAAUUUCGAUGAAAAGCAGAAAUAGUUUUGUUAAUCCACCAGCCACAGGUUUUCUCAAAAUCACGCUUCACUUGGUAUUAUUAGGCUGAUAUUUGUGUUGAUAUUUAUAGAAAUCAAAGUGUUUUAACAACUAUAAGGAGGUAGGUUUCGUAUUUAAAAGCGCAAAAGUUUAUUAUUACGAACAUCGAUAGAGGAUGAAAAUAUAGCACGUUUGGAGAACUACUUGAUUUUUGCUUGCUCUUUGUUGGUUCAAUCAGGUUACUGAAAAGUGCAGCUGCCUUUUUUAUUACGUUAUUCGAGCAUUGGAAACCAACGUUUCCCAGCGAAACGUGUGCCUUUCGCUGAUUAAUCAUUAAAACAUCGGAACACGUCAUUUUAGCCUAUUUUGUUGUGUACAUAAAUAUGCUAUCAAGCGUUCUAACUAGGCCGUAUGCAAUAUUGCGUAAAAGUCUUACAUCAUCUAGGUUACUGGUUUUAUGGUGGCAACUAAAUAUACUUGUAGGAAAAUUUCCACGUGAUUUUAUAUAAGAACAAACCUUUAGAUGUUUUCUUCGUGGUGCUGUUCGUUUAUGAUUUCUUCCGAUUCGAAAAUUUCUUGAAAUUAUCUGUAUUGAUCGUUUAAAAUGUGCUAGAAGAGGAAGCAAUUUAGAUACGUGAUCAGUUUUGUAACGAUAUUAAAUAGAAUUAACGGAAUUAUAGCAGGUAAAUAAGUGCGUUUAAAAAUGACUCGAGAUAACAAACGAAGGCCCGAUAAAAUACCAAUUAUCUGAAAUUGAUUGAUACUUUCUGCGACGACUGCUAUUUAUUGGAUAUAGUGUUUCCUAUAUGACCGAAGACUGUUAUACGAACGAAUAGAUCGAGUUUAGUAAAAGAAAUCGCUUGUGGCUGGAAGUUUAAUGUCUUUCUAUCUUUAACGCGCCAUAUUUCUUUUCUUCCUUUUAGUAGAUCUUCUUUUUUGAUAAAAGACGUUUUGUAACAAACGAAUAUUUUAGUCACUAAUUGCGGCUAAUAAAACUAAUUGUCCUUUUCACUCCGAUAUAUCGAUGAAUUUAAGAUCGUACAGCUUGUUACCGAUAAUUUGCAAGGAAUGUGAUUGCAAUUUUAGACUCAGAGAUAAUGACGAUAUUUCUAAUAUAUUAUCAGUAGAAAUUACGCAGAAAACAAUAUCUUUAAGACUCCUGAGUCAUUGGUCCGGAUAAUGAUAAUUCGUAGAUAGCGACUGUUUUGAAUUUGUAAAUCAUUAACUUCCGCCUUUGAUCUCAUAAUUUAUCAUAAUUUAAUAAGCGUAAUCGCAGUAAAAUUCAAUUCACGGUGUAAGACUUUAUGGAUUUAUCAUUUACAUAUCGACUUUAUCGUUUCUCCGAUUGAGUCGCUUCUUUCGUUGUUUUCUUUUUCUUGUUUUUUUUUUUUUUGUAUUUUAUAAAGAUAAUAAAUCAGCCAUUGAUUUGAAAAGUAAAUUAUCUCUUUUGUUACCGAUUUUUACGAUAAUCGUAACAACAUAAAAGGACUAUUAACACGAUGUUUCACCAAUUCCCUACUGUCGUUUUUCUCUCCUAAAAAGCAAGCAUUUUAUUGAAAACAGUGGAGAUUCUGUCGCAGCGAUAACACGCGACAGUUACACGCCAAGCUUUUCAUAUUUUACCGAAGAUUUAAUAUUUUCGAAAUUAUUAUUUAUAUUUCUGAUAUUUCCUCUUUUCGCAGUGAUAAUAUUUUUAAAAAUGCUUAUAAAUUUCGGCUAUUUCGCGCAUGGCUAUCGCAUGGGCCUUUGCCAUAGCGGCUAUUGCCCCUAGCUGCUUUGACAACGUUCAAAUGCAUUCGAGUCAUUGAAUUUGAUUUUUCAGCGCGUAUAACCGAACGAUGCUUUGAUUCCCUCGUUUCAUCGAUGCUGGAAGAUUAAAAUGUAGAUCACAGGAACCACCCUCUCGUUUCGUUCCUCUCCCCUUCUCUUUCGCUCUUCUGCCCUCUGUGUGCACUCCAUCUACUCGCAGCUGUUACGACACACGGAACCGUAUCGGCGUUGUUCUGUGAAAUGUAACAUUACUUUCGCCCCGAAUAAUGUUGCGGAUGAAAAAUGUACUUCGACCUCGCUCUGUUUCGGACACGGAUUUAUGUACUUACAUACACCGAGCACCGCGCUUGCCACAUUCGUUAUCCAGGAUCAAACGUUCCGUUUCCACUUUUUUUUUCUCCUUUCAUGCAUCGUUUCAGACUUAUGUCGAGCUUUUGCGAUCGAUAUCGAUGGUUUACGGUGGUUUGCGAACCGAAUUCUAUCUAUUUUAACGAUAUCGCAAUCGAAAUCAAUUAACAAUGUGAAAAUAUCAAGGAUUUGGAUGGGAAAAAAAGGCUGUAAUUAGCCCGCGGAUAUUUAUGCAAAUUUAUACCUUUACGAGCGCAGCUGUGAAAGUAGAAUCUGAGCAGAAAUUUGUUUUGCUCGCUUGAUAUCGUAACGAAUCUUGAUAUACAGGGUGGUUGGUAACUGGUGGUACAAGUGGAAAGGGUGUGAUUCUAUGCGAAAAAAGUCGAAAAUAUAGAAUAAACGUUUUUUUUUUAUUUUUCUUUUUAAUUUUUCCAUCGAGACAACGAUCUACAGUGAGAUCCGUUAUAACGAGACGCGAUAAAGUGCACGCGUACCGAGCGAAAAUUCAAAGUCGAUUUUCUCGAAAACAAAGCCUCGAACGAAAAAUUUUUAUUCUAUAUUUUCGACUUCUUUUUUCGCGUAGAAUCACCCCCUUUCCGCUUGUACCACCAAUUACCAUCCAUCCUGUAUAUUUUAAUAUUCAAUACGUCGUCGUCUACUAUGUGUAUUCCGUGUGUUUCUAUACUUUCACGUUUGCCAUAAAUACAUAAAUAUUCGCAGUCUAUCUACAGCGCAGAGUAGGACUUGAAUUUUUUGAACACCUUUUAUUAGAAUUUUCGUCAUAUUAUUGAAACAUUCUUUUUCUUUUUUAAUUACUCGAUUAUCCGAACAAUAAUAUGAAAGCUAUAUCACAGAGUGGUUUGAAGAUAAGACGAUAAGACGAGCGAUGUAAGCGGCGAAUAAAUUGUUAGAAGAAUUAAAGGGAAUGUUUUCGUGAAUAACGUUUAGAAACAUUCGUAGCAACGGGAACAGUUAUUAGAUAGUACGAAAAGCGAAAGAAGACUAAUCCAGCGGAGAUACUGAGUUCGAGAAGGAUUUAUAAUACUACAUCGAAAGAUCGAUCAACGAGAUAAGAGGAAAGAUUAGAAAGCCAAGAAAAAAAUGACCGAGAUAUACACAUCUAAUAACGUGCAAUAAAUUAUCAUUUUCUAUAUGAAAGGCACGUCGUAAUUUCAGUUUGAAAAAUUCCAUUAUUCGGUUUUUCUGUAAUUAAUUAAUUCGGAUAAUCAAUAAUGUAUUUUCAAGCGUAAUUUCGAUUACCUGAUUUUCUUCGUACAACCCGAUCUUCACCCAUUAAUCAUCACGUUUAUCUUUCUUGAUAGAUUUCUGAAGGCAGUAAAACGUUCACAGGUGAAUAUAGGUUAACCAUAUUUCGAAAUAUUGGUGGCAUACUAACUCUUGGACGCUGUAAUACAUCGAAAGAGAAUGAGGAAUUCAGAAUGAUCGAUUUACAAUAUAAUUGUCUUCAAGAUUUUCCGCAUUUUUAGUACCAUACAUAAAAAAAUACAUAGUUAUAACUUCUUAUUGAAAAUAUAACAAUAUUGACAGUUACGUUCCGUACGAUGAUAUUAAAAAAGACGUGUAAUAUCAUACCUUUCAGAUUCAAUCUCUGCCAAAGGUGUAAUUAACCUUGCUGCAGCUCCCGAAUUCUUGUGUCUUGUUUUUAUCUCAAUAAACCAAGCGAUUUUCGACCUUUGGAAACAAAUCAAAGAGCGUAAUUUAUAAUUACGCGAGAAAUGACACCACCGUUCUUUCACAUUUCUUGUAAACUUCAUAUUUCUUACGGUCGCUUUCGACGGUAUCGUAUUUGUCUAAGAAAACGUUAGAAAAUUUCCCAAAAAUUUGAGAAAAGAAAGAAUCGUCGUCAGCAUGAGAUUACCUGUUUCCCUGUUUCAAUCGUACGCUAAUAUACUUGAA